GCUUGAUGUUGAUUGGUCUGCAUGUGUUUACCUAAAAUUUGGGAGUAGCUUAAAAUGGAGAGUAUGUAAGGGGUCUCCCGUGAUCCAGAAAAUUGUAUCCAAGUAUAUAUGAUGGCUUAUCACACUCUCAUGUUCUGUUCCUUGCAAGUAAUUGUAACAGUUAAUAUUUUUGCCAAUUUUGCUUCAACAUCUUUGGUUUACAGUGGUCAUGUCUGCUACUACUCUGCAACAGCUGAAAGAUAUGUCACCUAUUAUAAAACGUAUAAGUGCGGACUUUUUGGAUGGUCAAGGUGUAAAAGUAGUGGGUCCCAUAGUGUCCCGUACACGUAUCGCCGGAGCCGUUGCUGUCGGGGUUGGACAAGUAGAAAUGCAGCCUGUGUGGUCCCUAUUUGCAGUCCCAGUUGUCGAAAUGGUGGAACAUGCAUAAGACCAAACGUGUGUAUUUGCCCAGUUACACAUUAUGGUUCUUACUGUCAGUUAAGUCAAUGCUCCUGGAAGUUCCCAUGUUACCCUGGUACUUGCAGUUCUGGUACAAACUGUAGGUGUACACCUGGAUUUGGAGGAGCACACUGUGGAAGUAUUAUCAGUGAUUCACAGAGCCCAAACAUUACAUCCUGUAAGGCAACUUUGAAUGACCGGACAGGAAGUCGAGAUCAUUUAGAGGCAGUGGCCAGCUGGCCAUAUAACACAACAGUUUAUGUGAAGAGACAGGAUUGGAACCACUUGAAAGUAGAGUGGACAAGUAGAUACAAUUUGACUACUGCACCACCUCGCCCUUCAUACAUUAGGAGUAUACUGCUUGGAAUUGUGAGCGGAAAUGCUCACCUGAGGUGGCAUAGUCAAGAUGAGAGGUACCUUUCUUCUGAGACUCUUCCUUGUGGAAAUGGUGAUAACGAAAGUAAUCCUAACCAAGGCAUCUCCAGUUGCAGAGUGGAAUACAGUUUUCCCAGACAUACCAUAAAACAUGAAGACAGGUUGGAAGUGGGUAUAUCAAGCAGGAAUGGAGGCUACAAGGUAGUAUUAAAUACAGAUGCUAAUUUAGUAAAAAACCAUGCAAUCAAAGGACGAGAUGCAACAAGAAAUUUCACCUACAUUUUCGACUUUGAGGAACCAAAGCAUAUUUGUCGUGACCUGGAUAAAUGUGCAGAAAAAGACUCUGCCUUAAUAACUUAUGUGGCAAAAAAUGGAACCCAGCCUCAGCUGGAGAUCCAGUGGGCUAACUGGAUAGAUGUGACAUCUGGUAUUGAGAAGUACGUCUACACCAUUCUCCGUGGUACCAUACAAAGUGGUUCACCUGUACACACUGGGGAAUGGAGAAGUGGCAAUCCAUGGCCAAUAUACAUUGUGAAUACAGGAACUUAUGCGGUUCUUCUAAAAGUUGUGGACAAAGCUGGAAAUCAAGCAACUGUGUCUAAAGAUUUUUGCCCCAGUCAAAACUGCUACCCAGGAUUCUGUGUCCCUGACACUGGAAAUUGUAUCUGCACAGCUGGAUUUAGUGGAGACAACUGUAAUACAAUCAGUGGAGAUAUCCAGGAUCCUACCAUCAAGAUGAUAAAGAUUAUGCUGACUGCAGAUGACAGCCUUCCCUUUGUGUAUGAGAAUGCAGCAGUAGAAUCAAACAUCAUCAACAUGUUCACCAAUAGGCUUGAUUUGGCAUAUUUGAAGUUGUCAUGGGAGGCAGAAUACAGAAUGAUGGGGGAUUUGCCAUCAAGACCACCAUCUGUGUCAGACUUCCAGAUAGGACUUGUUUCAUCUAAGGCUGAACUAGAAAUUGAGUCAGCUGGUGGCAGCACAAAGAAAGAGGCGACUCUGGACUGUCUUAAAGCUGACACCUCUUUGGAGUCCUUUGUACCCUGCAGCCAAACCCACAGACUGUCUGGUUCUAGAAAAGACCACGACAGACUAAAAAUUGUCCUGAAAGCUGAAAAUGGUGGCCACAAGAUUGUUUCUGGGCAAAACAUUAAAUACCAAGGAAAAACAGUUCAGCGCCAAAUCAACAUCCACUAUGAUACCGAGGCUCCAUAUUAUAACUGUGCUGCUGGCUCUGGGAAAUGUGAAGAUGAAGAAUUGAAAGUAGCAAUUGGACAACAAAUUAGUGUUAAUAAGAAAGAAAUACUUUUGACCUUAUCAUGGGGUGAUAACUGGAAGGAUGCAUUGUCUGGUAUUGCAAAUUUCCACUACUUCAUAUACAGCUACCUCGGUACCAAGAAGAUAGGAUUGGAGGACGCUCCUCUUGCAAAUGGCUCUUGGACAGCUGGAGACAGGUUUCCAACAUAUGAUGUGAAAAGUGAUAAAGCUGCAUUUACAGUUGUGCUCCAAGUGCUGGAUAAGGCUGGGAAUAAUAUUAGAGUGAGACGCGAUAUUGAUUUGACCAGUCCAAGAGUGGCAGCUUUGCUUGGAAAUGCACCAAGUGAUGGUGGAGGGGAUCAAAGUGGACUUCUAACAGUGCCAAUCUUCUUCUUCAUCCUGGUUGUUGCUGUGGUUGCGUUGGGAGCCGUGGCAGUCGUGCGACGGAGACAUGGUUAUCCUUGGUUGUGGAAAGACGAAAAGUUAAAAUUUUGGCAACCAAAAAAAAGGCAUGAAUAUGCAACUGCAGUUUACCAUAAUGACACAUAUGAUGAAGAUGAAGACCAGGGCAUUUACUAUGAGAGUGAGGCAUACGGCAGAAGUGUGGAAAUUUCCAGCAGCCAUAUUGUUCUGGGAGACACUCUCUGCUAUGGACAUUUUGCCAUAAUUAGACAUGCUGAGUGGACUCCUGAUAGACAGAAUUCUAUGGCAGUUAUUGCAAAAAUGUUGAAAGAUGCCAAGAGCAUAACAGACAGGCAGUUGAUGUUGGAUAAGAUCAAGUUUGUUGGAGAUGUUCCUCGUCAUGAGAAUGUUCUGGCCAUGCUCGGAAAGGUGACCGAUGACUUCCAGACAGAAGCAAAGAACUACCAUAGCUUGCAAUCGAACGCUCGUAUCGAAGUGUAA